AUGUUCUGGCGGUUUGGGGGAUAUGCGAGUAUCUCCACCAUUGAUACCCUGCUCGACAAACCCGAUGUUGCUCUCGAGGACCUGCUAGAUGAGCCGGAAAUCAUCCAGGAAUUGAAACAGCAUAACACAAAACUCAUUGAAUUUCUGCGCGAGGAUCAUGUCCUGAAACGACUUAUGGACCAUGUCAUUGCACCAAGCCUGGUGAAUGACGAUGAUGAUGACGAUGAUGAGGGAGACGAAGAUGAAAAACACGAUAACGAUCCCCAUGCGAAAAACGACAGCGAGGCGUCCGCCGAUACCGCCGCCGUGCCGGCAGAGCAGACGGACAGUGAGGAUAAGGACCACAAGACGGAAAAGGCCGUCGAUCCGCUCAAAAGUGUGCUGGAUCCGGAAGACCUGGAAAAGGUCGAGAAGGCUCGAUUGAAGCAUGCUUACAUAGCCUGCGAGGUCCUGUCCUCGGAAACGUGGUCCAUCCUGGAAUCGAUCAUGGCCAACCCGGCCUAUCUGCGUGAUUUUUGGGGAUUUGUACGAAGGCCCGCCCCACUUGAUUCACUUCAGGCCAGUUAUUUUACCAAAGUGAACGAAACACUUCUCGACAAGAAGACGGAGGAGAUGCUCGAAUUUUUGAAAUCCAUGGAUGGCAUUGUGGCGGCGCUGCUUCAGCACGUUGACAAUCCGAUGGUGAUGGAUCUCUUGUUGAAGAUUAUCAGCUUGGAGAAAGCGGAAGGAGGUCAAGGAACUGUGGAUUGGCUGCAAUCGCAGGACCUGAUUCCUCAACUAUUGUCCUUCUUGUCCCCAGAGCAACCGGGCUCCGUGCAGACAUCUGCUGGUGACUUUCUCAAAGCGAUCAUCACCAUCUCGGCCAACGCGACCCCAAAUGAUCAGUCUUGUAUUGGACCCAACAGCCUCACCCGUCAGCUUGUGUCGCCUGAACGUGUGCAGCAGUUGAUCAAUGCGAUGUUGAAGGGCGGAAACCCUCUAACGGUAGGUGUCGGCAUCGUUAUUGAGGUUAUUCGCAAGAAUAACUCGGACUAUGACCCUGAGCAGACCGGCGGCCCCGAGUCGGUGCCGACGCCCUACGAUCCCAUUUAUCUCGGGCAUCUACUGCGCCUAUUUGCCAAGCACAUCCCUCAAUUCAUGGCGCUCAUUCAGAGCUCUAAGCAUGCAGUUUACGACGGUACCACAGUCAAGUCCGUUGAAAGAGGCCGUCUGAAAUCUGCAUGGGGCGCCAGCAUCGAGCCUCUGGGUUUCGAUCGUUUCAAGACCUGCGAGUUGAUGGCUGAAUUGCUGCACUGCAGUAAUAUGGGUCUUCUGAACGAGCCUGGUAGCGAGGACUACGUUCGUCAGCGAAAUGAAGAGCGCGACAGAUUGAUCCGCGAUGGUGUCUUUGGCCACAACCGUGAUGAACAGUCGGGCAUGGAAUACAAUGACACCACUGCCGAUUUCACAAAUGGUUCAACAAUGAAUACAGACUCCCUUGAUGAUGUUCACCCCAGAGCUGUUGAGGAGGAGGGAUUCGAAAAGGUCGGAGCAUCCGGGGACUCUGUUCCCGAUGAGAAGUCAGAGCAAAAAGAUUCCACCAUAUCGUCGGAUCCGCAGAAUCCUUCUGGAACGACCGGAGAGCCAUGCGCAGAAACGGCUGAACCCAACACGACUGGAUCGCCGUCCCCGCAGACUCCUACUACCGUGCUUAGUGAUGAAAUCAGCGAUAUCAAGCUGGAUGAGCAAACCCCACAAACACAGGAAUCACUCGCCGAAACACAGAAAGACGCUCAAGCUGGUGCAGCACAGACUACCGAUGUGCCUGCACCAUUGUUCGCCUCAAAAGAAGCAGAAGCCGAGGUCGCCGCGGCAUCGAAAGACGUAUCGGAGUCUCAGAAGAACGACGAGCCAGCAAAGGAUGGCGGAGCCGAGGACUCAGUCGAUCAGUACAUUCAAUACGACCUUGACGGGCGACCUGUUGUGGGAGACUUCUUAAAAAUUAUGUUUGUGGAAAAUCAAGUGGUGCCCACCAUUCUGGGAUUCUUCUUCCGAUUCCCCUGGAAUAAUUUCCUUCACAACGUUGUGUAUGACGUCGUACAACAGGUCUUCAACGGCCCAAUGGAGCGUGGCUACAACCGUGCUCUUGCUAUCAAUGUGUUUGAGACUGGCAAGAUCACCAACGCAAUUAUCGAAGGCCAGAAGCGAAGUGACGAGACCCAACGCGCAAAGCAAAUCCGUCUCGGCUACAUGGGUCACUUGACUCUUGUGGCGGAGGAAGUCGUCAAGUUCAGUGAGCGCCACCCGCCAGAGCUGCUCUCCCGAUCUGUCAUGGACGCUGUCUUGGAUCCCGACUGGAUCGAAUAUGUCGAGCAAAGCUUGUCCGAAACGAGAGAGCGCGAUAAUGCCAUUCUUGGAGGUGUUCGACCGGACAUGGCCGGUGGACACAGGCAAACCUCUGCGAACAACUCUACACCUAGCCAAGGAUUUGGUGGCUCUUCUGCUCUCGCCGAUGCCGGUUUGAACGGCGGAAUCGGUGGCUCAACUUUUCAAGGGUUCGAUGUCAAUCAGGGCGGUGUUUCUGGCGGGGCAUUCAGCGGAGGCGGUACUUCCUUAUUGAGUGGAUUUGCUAGCUCCAGCGAUGACGAGGACGAGGAGAUGGAAGACCACGAAGAUCGUGAUACUGGUAGUACCGACCAUGGUGACACCGAGAAUGUAUCUGAAAAUUCGUCAAGCCAGCCAAUUCCCAUUCUUCCACCGCCUCCUGCCCCGCUGAGCAUGGGUCCAUCCAGAGCCCGUCGUCAACUUGCAGCACGUCUUGCGGCCCACAAGCAGCAAUCUAAUGACAAUGACGAAGGUUCGGCGGACGACCACGCACAGCAGGACGCUGAUGAAUGGUCCACCAACCCCUUCAUCAUUGCAGGAAUUGACGACGAUGCUGAAGGUAGCCAUUCGGCAUUCCCUGGUACCGACUUUGCUUCUACCCAUGAUUCAAACUUCCAUUCCACCUUCCCAGACACUGUGUUUAGUCCACCGGAUUCAUUUUCUCCUAAUUCAUCCGAGGAGGAAGGUGAUGGCCGUGGUGAAGGUGUUCGACGACGCGUCCGUGUCCCCCUCGAAGUCGAGGACGAUGACGAAGAAAUGGGCGAAAUGAUUGGACCCAACGCGGGCGGGAUGGACUCUGACGAAGAGGAUGAGGCCAUUAUCAAUGAGAGUCUUGGGUAUUCCAAUCUUCCUGGUCAGAUGAGAUAUAGUGGCUUCUUCCAGUCGCCGGGCUCUGGUUCCCACUACGACGACGACCAGGACAGCAGUGAUGGUGAGGAUGAAGGCCUCGUGGAAAUUCUCGUUCCUGGCCGCAAACCUUCCACCUCCUAG